ACGAUAGAUACAAGCCGUGCAGAAACUUCAAUAGAGCAGCUCAAGCAAACAAUAACUAAACUUCGCGACCAUUGUUCACUUUAGUCCAACUCGCAAGCAUUGAACCUGCAGUUGUAAUUUAUUCUACACCGAGAAAAACAGAAAGAAAAAACAACGUAUUGUAUUGGAAUUUAUUGAUCAAACAAUGUAAACAAAUUUACAAAAUGUGGAUAGAAUCGAGAGAGAAAAAGAAAUGUUAAAGGAAAUUCCUAGACACUACUACUGCAACAAAGGUAAAAGGAAACGUCAAAACGACCAGCAGUCGUCAAGAAAGUGUUGUUAAAAGUGAAACUUAUCAUCAUCGUCAAACAAAAUAGAAAAUUUAUUUCCAACAUCAAAGCAAAUACAACAAAUAACAAAAGAUUUUACCUUGGAGAUUAUUGCAAGACGCUUUUUAAGUGCACGCCUAAAAAUAUGCAAUAGUAUUUCUAUUGCUGACGCCUUCUUUGGAAAUAUUUCACACACAUCACAAAAACGUGGUAAAUUGAAAACAAAACCCCGGAGGAUAUCAACGAAAGUGAAAUAUUUUUGCACGCAAGUAAAAAGUUCAAGUGGAUUUCUUAAAGGGUCAUUGCACGAUGAGGAGGAGCAUGGAACACCUUAAACCAUAAUGAAAAAUAUGUGACGUUUUUAUAGCAAAAGUAAUAAGUGGGAACAGCCAGAAAGAAGAUGGGCGAUUCAGAUAGCGAAGGUAGUGAUGGAGAGGGUGGCAUGGGUAAUGUUUCUCGCGUCAUUAUCCGGCCACCCGGUGUAAGUGGCAAAGCGAAACGUGGACAAAUUUGCUUCGAUGCUGCAUUCGAGACGGGUAAUUUGGGUAAAGCGAACUUGAUAGGAGAUUUCGAAUAUGAUUUAUUCCUACGACCUGAUACAUGUAAUCCCCGCUAUCGAUUUUGGUUUAAUUUCACUGUGGACAAUGUGAAACAAGAUCAAAAAGUGAUCUUCAAUUUGGUGAAUAUAAGUAAAUCACGAAACUUGUUCAACUCGGGUCUAACACCGCUAGUGAAAUCAUCUUCGCGUCCUAAAUGGCAACGUUUGCCAAAGAAACAUGUCUUCUAUUAUCGUUCACCGCAUCAUCAGAAUCACUACGUGCUGAGUUUUGUGUUUUGUUUUGACAAAGAAGAUGAUGUCUAUCAGUUUGCCUUGGCUCCGCCAUACAGCUAUUCACGUUUACAAUCGUACCUGAACGUUAUUGAGAAUCGUCAAAAUCAGGCUGAAAAGAAAUUCACCAAGAGCGUGCUAACUAAAUCACUGCAAAACCGCAAUGUGGAUCUAAUAACAAUUGACCACGUUACUGGCAAACUGAAAACGAAUCGCAUUGAUCGCAGCUUUAUCCGUGUCAUUGUUAUUUUGUGCCGUUCCCAUGCUAAUGCCAGUCCAGCAUCCUUUAUGUGCCAAGGUUUUUUGGAAUUCUUGUUAAGUAGCCAUAAUAUAGCGAAAAUAUUACGUGAAAAUUUCGUAUUUAAAAUUGUGCCAAUGGUCAAUCCGGAUGGUGUGUUUUUGGGUAAUAAUCGUUGCAAUCUCAUUGGCCAGGAUAUGAAUCGUGUGUGGCAGGUUGCUACUGAAUUUUCACAUCCGGAAAUAUAUGCCAUCAAAAAUAUGCUAAGAGAAAUUGAUAAUUCGGAUUCGUAUCAAAUAGAUUUCGUCGUUGAUUUACAUGCUCACACAAGUCUUCAUGGUUGUUUUAUUUACGGCAAUACCUACGAGGAUGUCUAUCGCUAUGAAAGGCAUUUGGUGUUUCCUCGCCUGUUUGCAGGAAAUGCACCCGAUUAUGCUGCGAACAAUAUGAUAUUCAAUGCUGAUGAAAAGAAAUCUGGUUGUGCUCGACGUUUCUGUUGCGAACGUUUAAGUGAUACGGUUAAUGCCUAUACACUGGAAAUAUCAAUGGGGGGUCAUUAUCUAAAGGAUGGUAAAACUGUGGCGGCCUACACUGAAGAAGGAUACUAUCGUUGCGGCCGCAACUUAGCUAGAACAUUUUUACAAUACUAUCGUUUCAUAAAUGUACUGCCAGUCCCGCUACCCACAGAGGUUCGUCAAAAGAAACGUCGCCCCAGAACUCAUCAAUCGAGAUCACGUUCAAAAACACGUUACGAAGUUAAACCACGACCGAAAACAACACGUUGCUACGCACCAAUAUCUUAUACAAAUCUUUCGAUAUGUUAUGAUUCGGGUGGUUCAUCAGAUGAAGGCGGAUUUUCCCCAACAAGAGCUGUGGCCCCUGGCAGUAGUCAUUUUAGCGGUUACCGACAUUAUCGUCGGGUUGCCAGUUCAACAACAAUACCCUCUACAUCCAGUCAACAACAUCAACAAACGCACGAUCAAUUUGCUCUGCUGCGUAUUAAAUCGGGACGCUUCGAUUUGGCUCAUGAUCCACUGUUGCAUGACUAUUGUGGUAAAACUAAGAGUCAAUCGCCAGAGAAACAGACACGAUUUGAGGUGCCAGUUAAUGUGCCACCAAAACCAUAUUUGUCGAUAAUCGAUUUGAACCAAUUAACCAGAGGAAGUUUGAAAAUGAAAUCAGCAAGUUUUGAGGAUUAAACGUUUGAAGGAUGAUUUUAAAGCGAUUGUAUUUCCAUUCUAAAUUUACUUCAAUGCUAAUUAAUGCUUUACAAUGUACAAAUAUAUAUAAUAUAAUGUGAAAUAAAAGCUUC